AACAUAUCACAAUCCUUCUCAGUCCCUCUCUAUGAUCAAUGCUGAUUUAGCCUCUUAGUUGAUACUCACCCUUCCCUUUAAUAACCUUCCUUCCUUGAAAACAACACACACACACAUAACACAAACUCACACAAGAAAAUUUUCAUUCUUUCACAAUUCAACCAAUCUUUUAUUAGCUAAGAGAACCAAAAUUUUCCACCAAUACACAAAAAACACUUCAUUAAAAAACAGAGCUUUUUUCUUCUUUUUGUCUCAAAAUCCAACUAACAAUUCUCAAAGAAAAAAAAACCAACCAACCAACCAAAAUUUUGUCCUUAUCCAAUUCAUUCUUUAACCUCUCCAUUUUUAUUUUUGUUCAAUAGAAAUAUUUUCAAGAUGGACUAUUACUACCUAAGAGAACUAGAAGGAAAAAAAGCACAUGACCCUUUAUUCAUAGAAACAAUGAACAACAAAAAGACUUCAACUUUAAGUGAUCAUAGAUGUUUAUGGAUUCCAGGUCCCUUAAUCAUAGGAGCAGGACCUUCAGGUUUAGCAGUUUCAGCAUAUCUAAAACAAAAGGGUGUUCCAAGUUUAAUACUUGAAAGAUCAAAUUGCAUAGCUUCACUAUGGAAGCUAAAAACAUAUGAUAGACUUCGUCUUCAUUUACCAAAACAAGUUUGUGAGCUUCCAUUGAUGAGUUUCCCUAUUGGUUUUCCAACAUAUCCAACAAAACAACAAUUCAUAGAAUAUUUGGAAAAUUACUCGAAAAAUUUCGAUAUUAGGCCUUGGUUCAAUGAAGAAGUGAAAAAUGCUGAAUUCGAUGAAAAAGUUGGUUUUUGGAGAGUUCGGAGUGUAGGGAAAGGAGGGAUGGUUAGUGAGUUUGUUUGCCGAUGGUUGAUCGUGGCGACCGGAGAGAAUGCGGAGGCGGUCGUGCCGGAGAUUGAAGGAGUUGGAGAAUUUGGUGGUAUUAUUAAGCAUAGUAGUUUUUAUAAAAGUGGUGAAGAGUUUAGAGAUAAGAAAGUUUUGGUUGUUGGAUGUGGAAAUUCAGGUAUGGAAGUGUGUUUGGAUCUUUGUAACCAUGAUGUUGCUACUUCUAUUGUUGUUAGAGAUUCAGUACACAUCCUACCAAGAGAUGUGCUGGGAAAAUCAACUUUUGGGUUGUCCAUGUGGUUGCUCAAGUGGUUGCCGGUGUACCUUGUGGAUCACAUCCUUCUUAUUGUGUCGUGGCUAAUGCUCGGCGACACGGCGCGGUUUGGGUUGGAUCGGCCUCGAUUGGGACCCCUUCAACUCAAAAAUAUGUCCGGAAAGACACCGGUGUUAGAUGUGGGUGCCCUUGCCAAAAUAAAAAAUGGAGAAAUAAAGGUACGUCCAGGCAUCAAGAGGUUAAAACGCAAAACAGUGGAAUUUGUAAAUGGAAGGACAGAGAAUUUUGAUGCCAUCAUAUUGGCAACUGGUUACAAAAGUAAUGUUCCCUAUUGGCUAAAGGAUAAGGAUAUGUUCUGUAAGGAAGAUGGAUACCCUACGAAGCCAUUUCCUAAUGGAUGGAAAGGUGAAAAUGGCCUCUAUGCUGUUGGUUUCACCAAACGUGGACUUCUUGGUGCAUCCAUUGAUGCCAAAAGAAUUGCUGAAGAUAUUGAACGGUGUUGGAUAGUUGAGGCAAAGCAUACUACUCCUUUUGCUCUCUUAUUGCCACAAUAUACUUCAUGAUUAUUCCUUUACUUAGGUCAAAUUAAUUACAUGUUAUAUUCAAGUUAACUAUAUUUACAUCAACAAUUUGGAUUCUUUGCACUCAUCAAAUUUUGAAUUCACUUGUUUGAUCGAGAUCAGACGGUUUAAAAAAUAUAAUUUUUAUUUUUAUUUUAUAAUUAAAAAUAUUGAAAUUGAAUUUGGACUGUCUAAUCUCGAUCUAACGAUUAUCGAUGUUCUGACUGCGUAAAUGCAAGACGAUUUUCUAGUUGCGUGAAUGCAAAAGUACUUUAAGUGGUGAUGGAGGAAUUUUGUUGUGCCAUUACAUAUGUGCAUAAUGAUAUAUAUCAAGGGUGGUGCUCCUCCUAUUCAUAAAAAGGAAAAAUUAAAGUUGGCAACAAAAAAUGGUGAGAAUUUCUUUCCUAUGGUGUGGUGCCCUUAAUUCAUGGAUUCAGUUAUGAGUUUGACUUUGAGAAUGUGAUAUUGAAAUUGAUAAGAAUGAUGGGUUUUGUUUUAUUAAUUUUCUUGAGGUUCUUUUGGCGUAGGGAACGUAUCAAUAUAUAGUGCAAUUUUUUGCUAUGUAAAUUUGGAGAUAGUUUGUUGUAAUUGUGGUUAAACCUAUAUUCCUAUGAAUUUUUAUUUAAUGGUAUAGAGUACAAUAUUUUGAAUU